UACCAUUAUAGAUCCGGGUACCAAGUCCAAGCGGAGUCAAAGUCAACGUUUGGUAUGAACGGCUGACAGUUUCCCGGUUCCCCGCCACCUUGCCACGGUUCGCGCGGUCCGUCGGGCGUUUCGUCUGCCGUGGGGUUGGGGGGGGGGGACACAGGUUGACAGACCGGGCCGCCGUGCGGUGUCCCAGUUUGGAGGCGGGCCGUCCCGGGGCAGACGCGCACAUCUGCAACAACACAGCCCGUCACGGCCACAAGCCCCCGGGGAGGAGGACUGCGUGUGUCACCAUGCCCAUGCGACAGAAGGAUGCUCAGCGAGCCCUGGAGCUGCUCCAGCGGUACCGGGCCAAGUUGGACCAGAGACAGCAGAGCCGGAAUGGGACCAAACAGGGCCACGUGGAGGAAGACCAUCAGCUGCAGCAGUCUCUGGACAGAGUCAUCAAUGUCUUCCAGAGUCAGCUCUUUGGCGCUCUGCUCGAUAUCCAGGAGUACUACGAGUUGACCAUCCUUGCAGACAGAAAGUGUUCUUUGGACCACACAGACGGUCCAGGGGACCUCCCCGUCUCCUGUAACCUGCCAGCACAACUGUCAGCCCAACAACACGCCUCCUCCGGUCCCCUGAGCCCCCCGGCCUCAGAAGGACCACCUAAGCCAAAAUCCCCAGCCCCGAAACCCAGGUCAAUCAAGGCCCCUGCCCCUCCAAUCCCCUGUGGGAUAGCCCCAACAAAGCUAUCUUCCCCGACACCACAGUCCAGUUCACCUCAGCCGACCAAAGUCAAGUACCGUGCUCCUCUCCCUCCUGACCAGUCUGGAGGCUCUAAAUCCACAACAGCGGAGACUUCUAAACCCCUUUCUCCCUCCACUGCCGCAUCGAAUUGUGUAGAAAACCCCGCCGGCUACAUUAAAUCACCUCCUGCAGUAUCACUGAAUGGAACAAAGCCACAUUUUACCGCCACCACCUCUGGUGUUUCCUCAGAGAGCACCGCCACCUCCGCCAAUGCACAAAGCCCUCCUGCCUCCCCUGACCUCAACCUGGUGACUGUCUCAGCCCUCGUCUCCAGCACCAUUCAGGGCCUCGUUUCUCCAACCACUCCGGACAAACUCAGCCCCACCAGCACCACUCCUAGCACCAGCCCAGGUCCUAACAGAGUCACAGAUGCUCGAUUCAUCUCCUCAGCUCCUACGACCAGCAAGGACCCAGGACUGGGCAAAGUCACUCCCAGCACGAGUCCAACCGGCCCCAGCCAGGGAGAACUGACCUUCAGCAGCCUCAGCCCCACAGGUCCUCCAGGACCCUUAACUAAAGGACCUGAUUUGAGACCCCCGCUCUCCCCGAUCUCUCUUCCUAGUCCAAACAGCCCCGGGCCAGUAAAAGUGACCUCCUCUAGCCCCAGCCACAGUCCAGCCAGCCCCAGGCCAGAUACAAGCCCAUGGACCCUUAACAAGAAGUAUCGGUAUCAAGAAGAAGAAGGGGCGUCACCAGGCGCCCCAAAACUCCACCAACACCCCUGCCAUCAGCACCCAAUGGGAGUAGCCAGAGAGCUGAGGGAUGGAGAGACCCUGGGGAGUGAGGGGAGGGAGGGGAGGGAGGGGGGGACCUGGAGGAGAGAGGGAGGGGGCGCUGGGACCAUGGAGAGGGAACGGGAACGAUCGCUGGGGAGGGACGGAUCUCUCGGUCGCCAUGGCGACUUGCGGGGGGCGGAGCUGGUUCAGGUGGCGGAGCGGCAGCUGUCUCAGAUUCAGCACGUUCACGGAUACGUCACUCACACACACAUCACGCCCGCUCAGGUAGAAUCUCCUGAGGUUCCCUUUGAUGACGAGGUGUGGCCUCACCCAGAGGGAGAGAGGCUGAAUGAAGUUCCUGCCCCGCCUUUCUCCUCCCUCUAUUCACAAAGCCACGCCUACUACCAGGCCAACCCCCCUCCAGUGGUGGUCAACGCAGACAGCAUCGACACCCCCCCAUAUGUCAAUGGAACAGAAGCAGACUAUGAGUAUGAGGAAAUCACGCUGGAGCGGGGUAACUCAGGCCUUGGGUUCAGUAUCGCCGGAGGGACCGACAACCCACACAUCGGAGAAGACCCCUCUAUCUUCAUCACCAAGAUUAUACCUGGAGGGGCAGCAGCACAGAAUGGACGACUCAGGGUGAAUGACUGCAUAGUCCGGGUAAAUGAAACAGACGUCAGGGAGGUGACCCACAGCGGGGCUGUGGAGGCACUGAAAGAAGCGGGAGGUCUGGUCCGACUGUGCAUACGACGCAGGAGGAGCCUCACCGAGAGAAUGAUGGAUAUCAAGCUGGUGAAAGGGCCAAAAGGUUUAGGAUUCAGUAUAGCAGGUGGAGUUGGAAACCAACACGUCCCCGGCGACAACAGCAUCUACGUGACGAAAAUCAUCGAGGGAGGGGCUGCACACAAAGACGGACGGCUACAGAUAGGGGACAAACUUGUGGCUGUGAACAGCUCCUGUUUGGAGGAGGUAACUCACGAGGAGGCAGUGGCCGCCCUGAAGUCGACUCCUGACGUCGUGUACCUCCGUGUAGCCAAGCACACCUCCCUUUUUAUCAAUGACAACUUCCCUCCACCCGAUGUCACUAAUUCGUACUCCCCUCAUCAAGACAACCAUAUUAGCCCCUACAUGAGUGGCAGUCAGUCUGUAAGCCCCGCUCCGUUAACCACUCCCAGAUACUCACCGCUGCCCAGGGCCAUGACCGGAGACGACGACAUCACCAGAGAACCCAGGCGGGUGGUGCUGCAGCGGGGGUCUACGGGUCUCGGCUUUAACAUUGUCGGAGGUGAGGAUGGAGAGGGAAUCUUCAUCUCCUUCAUCCUGGCUGGAGGUCCGGCUGAUCUCUGCGGGGAGCUGCGAAAGGGAGACCGCAUCCUAUCGGUGAACGGUGUGGACCUGUCCAGCGCAACACACGAGCAGGCAGCUGCAGCUCUGAAGAAUGCGGGACAGACCGUUACCAUAGUAGCACAGUACAGACCGGAGGAGUACAGUCGUUUCGAGGCGAAGAUCCAUGACUUGAGGGAACAGAUGAUGACCAGCAGUGUCAGCUCCAGCUCCACGUCGCUCCGCUCCACACAGAAACGCACACUCUACGUCAGAGCGUUGUUCGACUACGACGGAAGUGCGUCAGACCUGAGCGCGCCCAGUCAGGCCCUGCCGUUUCAUUUCGGGGAUAUCCUCCACGUGAGCAGCGCUGGCGAAGAGGAGUGGUGGCCCGCCCGCCACCUCAGCCCCCCGCCCCCGAACUGCCCCGAAGUCGGGGUCAUCCCCAGCCGCAGGAGGGCAGAGAAGACAGAGAGGUCGAGGUUAAAGACGGUCAGAGUGACAAGGUCCCAGGACAGAUCGGAUCAGGAUGAUAAAGACGGCCAGGAGGAGACCUUCCUCACCUACCAACCUGUCAUGCAGCAGGAAGUUAAUUACACACGGCCAGUCAUCGUGCUUGGACCAAUGAAAGAUCGCAUCAACGAUGACCUCAUCUCUGAGUUCCCUGAUAAGUUUGGCUCCUGCGUCCCGCACACAACGCGGCCGCGACGAGACUACGAGGUGGACGGCAGAGAUUACCACUUCAUGUCCUCCAGAGAGCUCAUGGAGCGAGAGAUCCAGGAGCAUAAAUUCAUUGAGGCCGGACAGUAUAACAACCAUCUGUACGGAACCAGCAUACAGUCUGUCAGAGAAGUCGCCGACAAGGGUAAACACUGUAUACUGGAUGUAUCGGGGAAUGCGAUAAAGCGUCUCCAGAUGGCAGGCCUCCAUCCCAUCGCUAUCUUUAUUAGCCCACGCAGUGUCGACAACAUCCUGGAGAUGAACAAGCGUUUCACCGAGGAGCAGGCGAGGAAGACCUACGACAGAGCUGUCAAACUGGAGCAGGAGUUCACAGAGUACUUCACUGCUAGAGUCCAGGGCUCGUCUCUAGAGGAAGUGUACUCGCAGGUGAAGCAGAUCAUUGAGGAGCAGUCUGGUCCUUACAUCUGGGUACCCACCAAGGAGCGACUCUGAAUAAACGCACGCAAACCACAUGAUCACACAUACACACAUCACUCUUUCUAUACUUCCUACUUCUCUAAUUUUCUAUUAUCAGCCUGCUUCCUCUCUCUCUCUCUCUCUCUUUCACUUACAGAAACAUCACUACAAAUGCGCACGCACACACACACACACACACACACACACAUUUACACAAGCACAUAAAAUGAGGCUGGGACUAUCUGGGACUGCUACUUCCUGAAGAGGGAGGAGCUCAUGUCUGUCCAGCAGCCUAUUGGUGGAUCUUCCGACAGCUCAGUUCCUUAAUGUUUAAGGAGGUGGUUCAAAUCAAGGCGACAUGUACCAUUAUCUGAUUUGAUUUCAUUAUUGUUGUUCUUAUUGUUGUUGUUGUUGUUGUUUUCAUAUUAAUGAAGGGUAAUGCAUUCAUGUAUGGGUUUGUAAUGAUAAUAUUGUCACCAAGAGGCAGACUUUUGCACGCUGUAGCUUUAAGAGCAUGUUUUUGGGACAAAAUCUUGAUCUUCUUCCCUGUCUGUCUGUCCUUCUUUCCUCAUGGCAUCGCUCCCGAUUAGAGUUUCUCUCUCAUUGUGUGUCUUUUUCUAUCUUUCUGUCUCUCAUGUCCCAACCCCAGCUCCAUCCUCUCCUCUUCAGACUGUCUAAAGACUUUCGAUGUGAGGGGAAAUCUUUAUAAUGUGCCCCAAAAUAUUGGUAUCAAGGGCCGAAAUGAAACUAUAGUACAACUACUGUUUAGAGAUGCAGCAAGAAAAUAUAUCAGAGGUAAUUUAGGAUUUCUACAAUUUAGACGCUUUUUACUAUUUCUUGUAACAAGCAGAAAACUAAAUUAGAUUGCAUUAAUAUAAAUGAAGUAUAGUGUGUCCUGUCACCAGUUUGUUUUUGUAAAGCCAAAAAAAGAAAUGACUACAUCAGCCUGAUAAUGGUGGUAGAGUCCAGCUGGAGCCCUGAGCCCAUAUUUAUCAACUUUCUGAGAAUUACACUUAAGAACUGCUGUGAGAACCAAUUAAAGAAUAAGAAAUUAAUUCUCUACAAGUAAAGAUUAGGGCACAUUUAUCAAUUUACCAGGAGUAAGCUUUAAGAGCAGCUCUCAAGUGAUCACAUGAUUAAUCACAUAAAUACUCAGAGACAAAGAUUUACAAUGAAAAAUAACUGACAUUUCACUCAGUGAUAUGUUUUUCUGCAAAAACAUGUCAUUUUAUCCUUCCGAUCCUUAAUAUCUAUAAUAGCAGUUUAACUGUGAGAUUAACAACAAUCCAAAAUAUCUUUUAUGUGUAGAUAUAAAAACAUGGACAAAAUAAAAGGAAAUUGGCUGUGAUGGAAAACCAAAGAGACCCAAACUGGAGAAGGGAGGAGUUCUGCAGCUGGUAGAUGAUUGACAAAAAAGAGUUAAUAAUUAGAAUUUAGUGUCAGACUGACAGGUGGAGAUUGAUUGCAGUUUCAUUCCUGCUGUCUCCACCCCUGCCUGAUAAAUGUCGAAAAAGAAGAGGAAGAAAAAGUGGUGAAAUUCCUAUUAAACGUUCAAAUCGAGUUCAAAUAACAGACCAAAACUACCCUGCUCUGAAUAAAAACAUGUUGCUUCAACUAACAUAUUGCUCAUCAUGACCAAUAAUGUUUCAUACAAUCCCUCCAGAAACAAUUGCAUUUAAGAGUCAUGUCAAAGGAAAUUAAUUUUUAAGAUUGGCGGCAUCAAAGUGAAUCAUUUUUACUUUUAUCGUUAACGUUUUACUUUUAGCUGUGUGAUAAAUACGGGCCCAGAUCCUCCGUUUAAAAAAACUUGGGCCUGUAUCCCUCAAGUCUUCAUCCCACAAGGGUUUCCCUGCCUCUCCUCCCUCCUCCUCUUCCUCCCUGUCUCACGCCUUCAUUUCCCUUCUCCUCUCCACACUCGCCAUGGGACAUUAAUUGAGCGUUAAACAGUGUAUCAUCUUCUUCAUCAACACUAUCAUCGCAAUCAUAAUCAUCAGCAUCGUUGUUAUAGCUUUCCCUCUUACUGUAGUUGCACUAAUGAGGGGGCUGGUUUCUUAAAAGCAUCUUAGAGUGACAGAGCUGAAAACGUCCAAGUGUUUCUGGUAUUCAUGGGUAUGCGAGUGGCAUUCGUGAAAGCAGCACACAGUACUUUACCUCGUGAUUCGGUCAAAUCGUGCUCCCUACACAAACCUUUGGGGAAAAAAAUGUUAUUUUUUUACCCAUUAAACUACCAUUUAAUUCCAGUAUUUCCACAAAAUGCACCGACCAUUACUAUGGACUUAACGGUGCGCUGUGGAGUUUUUGACCACAAACUCUAAAAUGCAGUGGAACUCACAAACAGUGUUUUAUUUUGAGGCAACGUUUCCCAGUUUCUAGGUGCUACAACAUGCAAGUUUUCGGUACAAGUAGCCUAUCGAUGCCGGCUCUGUGAGUCAUGUGACCGUUGCUUUUGCACAUCUGUUGGCUGUGUUCCUCUUUGAUGCUCAUAGCAGAGACUGAGGUGAAGCCAAGCCUCACUUCACAACAAGUUACGGAAUAUAUUCAACUUUACUUGCAGUGAACAUUAAAAAGAAAAGAAAAAAAAUCCUCGCCUCGUUGUGCAACAGUAAAACGCAGGCCUGAGUUGAAACCUAGCCUGAAAACGACUUUCCUUGGCUUUAUCAUUUUCAGCACUGCAGCUGUUUUAUUAUGUCCUUUUCAUCUGGCCAAUUUACAUGUUGUGCUAAAUAACUUCUGGUGGCCUGAAUGGUGUUUUGCAGAAAUGUUUCUGACAGUGGGUCCCUGUUUUCUCUGCGUCUUGCUGUUGGUUUCACGCUGUAUCGCUGAUCGACGGUCGGUGGCGAGAGCAGCGGCGAAUGUCAACACAACUUCUGUUUGUUUACAUGAAAACUCCACAGGGCAUCCUUAAUGUAAAAUUCCAGUGAAGGAGAAAGAUGGAUUGUCACAGUCUUUGGAAAUCGGGCAAGCAUUUUAUCUUUCCAGCCCCAAACGGCAGAAAAACACCGUUAAGUGACUAGCCGGUGAAGAUGGUGGAGACCAAAAACAGAGCUAAAAGAGAGAGAAGUCACAAAUGGGGCUAAACUGAAACGAAUGACAGUAAUCUCUCUCGUCAAGUGUAACAUUCGAGAUACCGAGAUGCUUUUGGUGACGCAGCCCCUGUAUGGACCUUGUCAGCCAGCCACUUCCCAUCUCCACCCUCAACCCCGAGGCGACUCCUCCAAGCUGACUGGAGACCAGAGAUGUACAGAGAGACAGUUCUGUCAGCAGAGUAGCUCUUAGGCCCAAGUAAUAAAUAGUUUUGACCACAUGUGUUUUGAAAGCUUUAAUAUCUCCUCACAGAAUUUCCAUCUAUAGUCCUCCGUACCAAUCACGUAGAUCAGUGGUGUUUGUCAGUUGAUAGAACCGGACUCUCUGUAUGACUCUGGCUGUGUGUUUUGGCCAGGGGACCAUGCCACUGUCUGUUAGAGUAAAGCACUGAUGCAAAGAAUCUAUUACAGAGAUGGAUCUAUAUCUAACAUAUUAUAAUAUUUAUCCCUACUCUAACUGCCUAUUUUGGUACAAAACAAUUAAAUAAAUAAAGUCUUUAUUGAGAUUUACUGAAAUCCCUCGACCGACGACCAGAGAUGAUUUUUUUCUUUUUGCAUUGUGGAAUGUGUAUGAAUGUGAAUAUGAUAUAAUAACUGUAAA